CACCGCUCCCCUGCCCACCAGAAACAGCAGUCUGUAACACAGCCCAGCCUGCUCUCUGUGCAUUCACAUUCGAGGCAACACAGGAUACACACUCACACACACACACACACACACACACUCACUUAAUCAUAUCUCAAACUGGAGUCGGAGUGAGGAAGCAGAAUGUCAGGAAAGGAAGCGCUGAAGCCAGUGGGAAAGCAGAGUUUGCCUCACGCCUGUGGAGUUCCUUUCUGAAGAGUGGAAGCUUACAUUUUCAACAGCGGGCGAAUAUAUGAAGAUUUUUUGUUCUGGUCUGCCUUUUUGGAAAUAGACCAGAAAACUAAAAAGGUCUCUGAGUCCCAUCAUCUGCUGCCAUCAUUGAACUGCAGGAGGACACAUCCUCAGGUUCAUACCACACAUUCAGACCACUAAGAAGAUGAGUCUGUCACUGAACGGGACGCUGGAGAAGACGAUGUCCGAGAAGGCCCCCUCUGAGCCACGCUCCCCCUCCAGAGUGGGGUCAGGGGUCGUGGUGCCGCCUCCGUACUCGCUGGGUGGCUGCGAGGCCGUUGAUUCCCCCCUGGAGCUGAGGGGCUCUCUGGACUGCUGGGCCUGCUCUGUGCUGGUCACUGCCCAGAAUCUCAUCAUCGCGCUGAUCAACGGCGUGCUGGCCUCCAUCGUGUUCGGCACCAUCCUCACCCCUGCUCUGACCAUGGUCAUAUUCGGCUUCCUCUGCCACUCCACGGUGCAGCCCCAUGGAACGUCUCUGUACUGCUCAGACGUGCUGGAUGACGGCGGCUGCGUGGCCCUGCUGGUUGUGGGUUUCCUGCUGCUCACCCCUCUGCUGGUCCUGGCUCUGGCGGCCUACUGUCGCCUGGCCCGACACCUCCAGCUGGGCAUGUGCUUCAUCCCCUACAGCCGCGCCGUCUACAAGAACCUGCCCGUCCAUCGCCACCGGAAGUCUGACGGGGGAGGCUGCUGUGGUCAGCAGGGGGCUUCGGACAGGGAGGGGAAGGGCAGCAUAUGGGUGUAGGAGAGGAGAGGAGAAGAAAGGGGAGGAGAGGAGAGGAGGAAUGUCUAAAUGAUUGUAAGAUGUAUCCAUUGAGUCAUUUUGUUUGAGAUUAGCUUUUUUUCUAAUGCAAAUUGCCAUUGUACUUCUAUACAGCCAUUGUAAAAAUCCAUCAUCAUUUAUAGUGAUUGUUUGGAAUUCAAUAUUGCCUUUGUAUACUUUUCGACAUGUAUUUUUUAUACUUUUUAAAAACAGUGUUGGUUGACCUGCAAGCUGAAUUUUGUGUUUUUUCAAUAUAAAGUGCACUGAACAGA